AAUUACAAUAAGAAAUAUUUUGCAAAAGUAUUAGAAACAUACAUAUAGCUGGCAUCCCCAAGUCUUUCAAGUUACCAAAUAACACUUAAUACAACUGAGUUAAUACAAAGCGAAGUUCCCAUUCCUAUUCUGACAUGUUGGUCCACAGUCUCCUCUUGUGCCAAGAUGAGGCCACUCUCAGGGUGGAGGAGCAACACCUUGUAUUCCAUCCGGAUAGCCUCCAAGCUUUUAUACAGACUGAUAUGCCCUAAUAGGGUGCUGAUAGAGGCAGAAACUCCUAGUCACAUGGAUAAUAGAAAAAUGAAGGGCUAUGUGGGAUCUUAGAGUAGGUUAAAAGGUUAGCACAAAGUUGUGAAUUCAAAGGCCUGUACUGUGCUGUAAUAUUCUGUCUUAGAAUACUUUACAUUUGAACUACUGUGCAAAUGUUUGACAAGGAACUGGAAUUUAUGGAUCAUCAUGAAGACAGAGUUUUCUUUUAUCUGCAAACCAUGUGGUGAUAUAGGGCGUUACAGCACCCCACUGGCCCUUUGGCCCUGCUAACCUGUGGAAACCUGGGUAAUGUAGCAGUUAGCGUGAUGCUUUUACAUCUCAGGGAGUUUGGAGUUCAAUUCUGGCACUGUCUGUAAGGGGUUUGUACGUUUUUCCCCCUGACUGCGUUCCCCCAGGUUCUCCAGUUUCCUCCUACAGUCCAAAGAUGUAUUGGUUAGUGGGUUAAUUAGUCAUUAGGCCAACGUUAAACGGGUGGAUUGCUAGGUGGUUCCACUCGUUGGGCUGAAAGGGCCUGUUCCAUGCUGUGUCUCAAAAACAAAAACCAACCUACUCCUAUCAGUCUAAACCUUCUCACCCACACGGCCCAUAACCCGACGUCUAUGUCUUAAAGGUCCCUCUUGUGUCCCAGCAGUGCACUCCAAGAGAGCUGGUGUGCAGUGGGAUUUAAGGAAUUCCAUCAGGACAAACAGAAGGUCAAGGUGGGUCAUUGAAAUGAAAGGCCUGUCGCUUGGUGGCUAGUUCUCCCAUCACUGAUCACAAGUCAAAAAAUUUGAAUGGACUCUUCCGUGUGUCAUGCAUGUUAGAAAUGGUACAGUUGGCCUGUACAUGACACAAAAUCAGAUGUCAAACAUUUUAACUCCCAUUCUGACAUAUCGAUCCAUGGUUUCCUCGUGGCAUGAUGAGGCCACCCUCAGGGUGGAGAAGCAAUACCUUAUAUUCCAUCGGAGUAUCCUCCAACCCGAUGGCAUGAAUAUUGAUUUCUCCUUCUGGUAAAAAAAGUUUCCUUGCCCCUCCCUUCCUCUUCUAUUCUCCACCUAUCUCUUCUCACCUGCCCUGCUGCCCCACCUCCUUUCCUUUCACCUAUGGUCUACUCUCCUCUCCUAUCAGAUUCCUUCUUUUCCUGAUCUUUUUCCCCUCCACCCGGCUUCACCUAUCCCCUUCCAGCUAUUCUCCUUCUCCUCCCCCCAUCUUUUUAUUCUGGCGUCUUCCCUCUUCAUUUCCAGUGCUGAAGUAGGGUCUCGGCCUGAAACAUCGACUGUUUGUUCAUUUCCAUGGAUGCUGCCUGAUCUGCUGAGUUUCUCCAGCACUUUGUGUGUAUUACUCUGGAUUUCCAGCAUCAGCAGAAUUUCUUGCGUUCAUGACACUGAUCCCUCUGCUUUGCCCCCCUCAGACUAACAUAGAAAGGGCAACUGUACACAUGCUGGUUAAUACAAAUAUUUAAUCAGCCAAUCACGUGGCAGCAACUCAAUGGAUAAAAGCAUGCAGACAUGGUCAAGAGGUAUAGAUGUUGUUCAGACCUCAGUGACUUUGUAUAAUGAUAGUUGGUGCCAGAUGGGGUGGUUUGAGUAUUUCAGAGAAUGUUGAAUUCAUGCACAACAGUCUCUGGAGUUUUCAGAGAAUAGUGUGUAACCCUCAGGCUCCGCUAACACGUGUUCAUCUAGGGGAAAACAACUUCUGGCACUGCCAAACUGAGAAAUCUCGUUUGUGUGGAUGCUGCAUGAUGUGUUGCCCAGUUACAAAUCUGCACUGCAAAAGAUCAAACGGUACACAAUAUGCGAUUAAAUGAUUGAACUUUAUAAAUCUUAUCUAUAUACUACUAAAACUGUCAUGUUCUGUUUGUGACUUCCAAUUAGCCCAAACGGUGCAUUAUAGCGCUUUUUUUUGACUAAAUCGACUUAAAACGCUCUAACUUACAGAAUGCAUGCAAAGUUCAGGGUUAUAUAUUCGUAUAAAAUUGCUCUCUCGUCAAUCAACAGGUCCUGCCUUCCACAAGCCAAGCCGAUUCCACCUUUAAUGGAAACUGCAACGCGACACGACGAUGCAUGCUCACGGCCAGCCUCAACAGUGCCUCACGAUGCUCACAGCAGCGACACCAACCCCAGCAAAAGGACAGGGCUACCUCGUCCAUUUAGGAGAGCACCAACCACAUCAUCAAGAAUAAUCAGCUAUCUUCUAUCCAGCAUUAAGGUAAAAAAAUAUGGUCAGCCUAAUUAUGCCGUGUGGAAAGAGAAGGGGAACAUUAUGGUCAAGAGAUGACGCCAAACGUUGUCGGGAAGCGGCAAGGAGAGGGAGAGAGCAAGAAUCCGAUGAGACCAGGACCGCAUGACUCCAGGAUCAAAGAGGCAGGACAAGAAAGAUGAGAGAAGAAGAGACAGAGGAGCAGAGGGGUGCAGUAUUCUUGAAGGGUGGCAGAUCAACCAGAAAUGUUGUGAUCAAAAGUAUCCUUCGUUAAAUGAGGAGGAGCUAUAUUUGUCUUGCUACGCGUCUUUCUUCUUUAAUAAACUGAGUUUUUCUUCUUUAAUUUCCAAAGCGUAUCACAUCAGACUGCACUACCUUUCUCUCAAAGAGUGCCCCAAUGGGUGACCUGGUUGUCUAGUUCUGAAUAAAGGGUUAUUAAAGAAAAUAGAAAGGGCCCAUUUUAAGGAGAAAAAAAGUCUAUCGCGCAUCGUUGGAGCUCACUGAUACGGCUAUUCAUCAGCCGUCGCCAAGCGUCGCUGACCUCCAAGAGUAGCCGGCCAUCGAACCCCCACUCCUCAGUCCACUCUGUCUAGUGGUCUUCCGACACUCUCCACUCGCACCCUCUCUCUCCAUCGCUCCCCGACGAAAGACCACGGAAAACUCGCUUCCAGACUCACAAGAAAGAACAACAUUUCUCCCAUUGGUUAACGUACAUUCCAAAGUCCCAUUAUCUUUAGCCAUAACCCAAACAUUGUUGCUACAGAGAAACUAUUACCUUAACAGAGGAACAUUACAUAGAAACCAUUAUAUUAGCCUUAGCAGUGAAAGCUUAGAGCCUGUUACAAAUGUGAGAAACAAAAAAAAAAUCCAGUGAGUGGCAGUUCUGUGGGCGAAAGCACCCUGUUAAUGAGAGAGUUCAGAGGAGAACGGCCAGACUGGUUCUAGCCGACAGUAACUCAAAUCACCAUGCGUGAUGGCGGUGUGCAGGUCGACCCUUGAAGUGGAUGGGCCACAAGCAGCAGUACAUUCACAAAAUACAGAAACACACUCAGUGGCCACUUUAUGAGGUACCGUAUCUCCUGUAACUAAUAACGUGGGCGCUAAUUGUAUGUGGUGUGUGAGAUCUUGGUGCGCCAUGACUCGCAACAGGAAUACUGAGAAUGAACGGGCCAGUAUCCAAGCACGAGUCCACGUAGUCACGAAUAUUUAUUUUAAACAUAGGGGUUAACGGCACCGGGGUAAUCCCAUUAAUAAUUGAUCCCUUCGUGGCUUCUCCUCUUCUACCGCGAUCCAGGGCAGCGGGAGGAAAGAAGUCGCCUCUACCAGAUCAUGGCGUCCGUUAAAAUUGAAUGUGUCAUGAACGGGCGGUAUUCAGUUGCAGAAAGCCCAGUGUGGGAAGAGAAGGACGGCACUCUUCUCUAUACGGAUAUCACUGAACAGAAUGUGUACAGGUGGAAUCCUGUUGAUAACCAAGUUAAAAAAAUCCAUGUUGAUGCACCUGCUGGUUCUGUUGUUCCUCGAAAUUCUGGGGGUUACGUCCUGGCUCUUGGAAAAAGGUUUGCUUUUUUGGAUUGGGAGAAACAGGUGGUUACUGACAUAACUGAGAUCGAACGUGAGAAAUCAAACAUUAAAUUCAACGAUGGCAAGGCUGACCCAGCGGGGCGCUUUCUGGCAGGGACAAUGGGAAUGGAGACUCGUCCAGGUAUAAUUGAAAGGCACCAGGGAUCUCUUUAUGCCUUGCAGACAGAUCAUUUGGUGGUCAAACACUUGGACCAGGUGGAUAUUUCCAAUGGUCUAGCGUGGUCAUUGGAUCACAAGAUCUUCUACUAUAUAGACAGCUUGCGUUUUUCUGUCGAUGCAUUUGACUAUGAUCUGCAGUCAGGGAAGAUCUCAAAUCGAAGGGUCGUUUACAAGCUUGAACAAGGUGUGAUCAUACCUGACGGGCAAUGCAUUGACAAUGAAGGGAAGCUCUGGGUUGCUUGUUAUAACGGCGGGAGCGUCCUUCGUAUUGACCCAGAGACAGGUAAAAAGAUGCAGACAGUGAAGCUGCCUGUCAGUAAGACAACAUCUUGCUGUUUUGGAGGAAAAGAUUAUGCCGACCUUUACGUAACAUCAGCUACCAAAGGGUUGGACCAGGAGUCACUUCAGAGAGAGCCGCUGGCUGGUGGGAUUUUUAAGGUUACAGGACUGGGCGUGAAGGGGAUUCCACCACAUUCUUUCAUGGGAUAGAAAAUUUCCUAGCAGCUUCACUGCCAAUGGAAAAGAAACCCAGCAAACAGCUGCAUGAAGAAAAUGAAUGAAAAUUACACUAUAUCUAACUCUACUGACUUACAGUUUUCUAUUCAACGUGUGCAGAUGUAGAACUAUAACAGUAGUGCUAAUUCACAGUGUAGAAAAAGUCCAAACAAAGUUACUUCUGUCUAAGAGGGGUAAACGUGGCUUUUCCUUCUCACUCUCUCUUCUGAGCCUCUUCAAAACACAGAGACUCUUUCUGAUGGUGUAUUCUAUGGGAUCUUUGUUCUCCCAUUGACAAGCGUGCCAGUGAUUCACCAGUGCGUAACUAUGGUGAACAAUUCAGUGCCUUGAAUUAUUCCGAGGGUUUAUUCGCAGAAGAUGUGAAAAUCCUCUCUAGGAAGCAAGCUUGUAAAAGUACAGCAUAUUGGGAUUUUCAAAAUCUUUGCGAACCCUUUUAUCGCAUUGAGAAAGUGGAUGCACCCAUUUAGCUUUAAAAUGUGAGAAAAUGGCCAAAAAUAAGCCACAGUGUUAUUUUUUUUUAAAUUUAUU